AUCGCCAACAUCCGGUUUCCGGUUAGAACCUCAUAACAAAGAUGGCGGCCGCGGAGUUCGAAAAUGGAAUAUAUUUCGUGGUAAACAACAUUCCUGUAAAAUUUCGCUCGGUCGAUCUGAGAAAUUAUUUCAGCCAGUUUAUAGAAAGCGGGGGAUUUUUGUGUUUUCAUUACCGACACAGACCGGAAGUGAGAAUAAACACAGCUGAAGCAGAAAAUGCUCAGCGACAGACACAAAAAAGGACAGAGGAGGAAGAAGAAGAAGAAGAAGAGGAGGAGGAGGAGGAUGGAGGUGAGAAAAAGAGCGAGGUGAAAGCUGAAGCUUCGUGUUGUUGUGUUGUGUCUGUGAGAGGAAGAGAAGCGGAGCGCUUUGUGAAGAUGUACGGCGGAAAUCAGUGGAUCGACUCGAAGGGAAACUGGCUCGUAAAGCGGUGUCUGAUCCGGAGGAUUAAAGUGUCCGAUCACACCGAUCCGGACGUGUUCCCGUAUAAGACGAAGGCGGAGCUGAGGCGUCACACUGCGCACACGGCGUGUUUCACUAAAGCCGAUCUACACGCCCUGCCCGAGCUGACUCCGCCCGCUCUAAUGCCCGCCGGUAACGUGGGCACACCGGUCACCGUGUUCCUGCAGCUCAUUCAGUCCUGUCGCUUCCCUCCGCGCCUCAUCCGCAAACUCGGCCUCACCUUCCCCAAAACGGGGUCGCACCGUCGCUACGGCAACGUCCCCUACCACUACAACACGGCCGUGGUGACGGCGAGAGAGGAGAGUGUGUUCACUGCGGGAGGGGUAGAGAUCUGCGGCCCGGGGGGUGUCCCUCCACGGACAAGCGCUGAGAAACCUAGAGACGGGACGCACGAGAACCAGGACCGGCCAAUCAGAGCGGACCGGUCAGUGGCAGGGGCGGAGAUGGAGGAGGAGGAGGAGGAUGAGGAGUCAGGCCCAGACGAUGACGAUGAUCGGUGUGAGGAAUGGGAGAGACACGAGGCUCUGCACGAGGACGUGACGUCUCAGGAGAGGAGUAAAGAGCGUCUGUACGAGGAGGAGAUCGAGCUGAAGUGGGAGAAAGGAGGAUCGGGCCUCGUCUUCUACACCGACGCUCAGUACUGGCAGGAGGAGGAGGGGGAUUUUGACGAGCAGACGGCAGACGACUGGGACGUCGACAUGAGCGUCUACUACGAUAAAGACGGAGGAGACAUGGACUCUAGAGACUACGUCCGCAUGCGCUACGAGAAGCGACUGAGGGACGGCGUGGAGCAGCCGGAGAGCAGCCAGCAGAAAAUCGGCAUCUUCGAGAGAUUCACUAAGGGCGUGGGGCGGCGUCUGAUGGAGAAACGGGGCUGGAAAGAUGGCGAAGGACUCGGACAUUCUCGCUCAGGGAUUCCCGAGGCUUUAGAGAGCGAAGGACAGCAUCCUAACUGUAAGAGAGGCUUCGGGUAUCACGGGGAAAAGCUCAGCUCUUUUCAACCGCUUAAAAAACCUCGGCCUGAUUUUCACAUAUCCACCGUUUACGACGAGCCGAAAGACAUCGACCGGGGCGACACACUCCUCCGCCGGCAGCCGAGCAGCAGCAUGAAACACACACACUGACCUCCGGAGGAAAGCGCCGAGCCACAAAGCUGACCUUUUUAAUCGGUUUAGAAUUCAAGAAAUGUUCUUUUUGUUUGUGUUUUCUUUUUGUUUUGUUUUUUUGUUUGUUUUUUAGGUCUUGUAUUGGAUUAGAGGUCUGAAAUGAUAUUUAUAUCCCCUUGUUUUAAAGGGUGUUAAUUUUUGUUUUGUUUUUUUUGCAUCAUUUUGUGACUUUAAGUACCAAGAAACAAAAUGUCUGUGAUGGGAACUGUGACUCUUUUCAGUGAGUCAGAUUCAUUUGGCUCAUCUCAACAAUGAGUCGAUUCUUUUGACUCACAAAUGACUCGUUGCCGUUAUUCAUUUACUAAAACAUACACUUUUUACAAUAUUUUGACCAGUGAUUGUUUUUAUUUAGCUGAAAUUGUUUCAUGAAACCUGCACUACAAAUCAGAAUGGACAAUUUGUGCUGCUGUGUCUGUGCUUUAUUAUAAAGAUUUAUUUUUUACUACUAA